AUGGAGACUGUCCAAAGAAUCAUCAAACAUCCCAUUGAAACUGCCCAGAAGACAUUCAAUAUGGGUUCCACCGACACAUCAUUCGCAGCCCAUGUGGCAGGCCAGUUCAGCACCUACGAGGAGGACAGACAAACGACAUCCAAGGAAGCCAUCUACAGCACCAGCAACGGCACACCAAUGCCUCACCCCUACGAGGCGCAGCGAUGCGGAGAGAAUGGCCCGUUGUUGUUGCAAGACUUCCACCUGAUUGACCUCCUCUCCCACUUUGACCGCGAGCGCAUUCCAGAGCGCGUCGUGCACGCCAAGGGCAGCGGUGCCCACGGGUUCUUCGAGUGUACGGAUCCGAUUCCCGAACUCACCCAGGCCGACAUCUUUGGGACCAAGGGAAAGAAGUGCCCCAUCACCGUGCGCUUCUCGACGGUCGGCGGUGAGUCUGGCUCACCAGACCUUGCUCGCGACCCCAGAGGCUUCUCCGUCAAGUUCAGAACCGAGGAAGGAAACUGGGACAUGGUGGCGAACAACACACCGGUGUUCUUCUUGCGAGAUCCUGCCAAGUUUCCCAUGUUCAUUCAUACGCAGAAGCGUGACCCACAGACGCACCUCAACCACAUGGAUGACUCCUUCAUGUUUUGGAACUACUUGAGUGAGAACCCCGAGUCAAUUCACCAAGUCAUGAUUUUGAUGGGUGACCGCGGUAUUCCCGACGGCUACCGCUUCAUGCACGGCUAUGCCGGUCACACAAUGAAGCUUGUCAACAAGGACGGAUCAUGGGUUUACGCUCAGAUUCACAUGAAGUCUCAGCAGGGCACCAAGUUCAUCACACAGGAGGAUUCUCUCACCAAAUCAGCCGACUACUCCGGAAAGGACCUGUUCGAAGCCAUCCAGAACGGCGAUUACCCCAAGUGGUCAGUGGAGAUCCAGACCAUGACACCCAAGGAGGCAGAGGAUGCAUGGGAGAAUGACAAGAUCAACGUCUUUGAUCUCACGCACGUCUGGCCCCAGGGCAAAUACCCCCUCCGCAGGGUCGGCGAGUUCACUUUGAACGAGAACCCUCAAAACUACUUUGCCGAGGUUGAGCAGGUUGCCUUCAACCCUUCGCACCUCCCCCCCGGUAUCGAGCCGUCCGCAGAUCCCGUCCUACAGUCUCGCCUGUUUUCCUACCCAGAUACCCACCGCCACCGCAUCGGCGUCAACUACCAGCAGCUGCCCGUCAACGCGCCAAAGACAGCCCACAAGAUCGCCAACUUCCAGCGCGACGGCAGCAUGGCCUUCUUCAACCAGGGUGCCCGCCCCAACUACCUCAGCUCCAUUGACCCCGUCCAGUUCAAGCCCCGCGCAGUCGACCUGGACAAGACGCAUGGUCACUUCACUGGCCAGGCCAUCACCUUCCUGUCCGAGAUCAGACCAGAGGACUUUGUUGCGCCGCGAGCCUUGUGGCAAAAGGUCUGGGACGAGGCUGCGCGCGAGCGUUUCAUCAACAAUGUCACGGGCAAGAUGGAGCUGUGCAAGAACCAGGAGCCCUUGAAGAAGCAGAUUGCCAUCUUCAGGGAGGUUGAUCCCGAAAUUGCAGAGAGGUUGGAAAAGAGCACUGGUAUCAAGGGAUACGAGGGCAUUGCCAACCUGACCUUUAAUGGUACACACAAUGGAUUCGCAAGGGAGGCAAAGAACAAGUACGCCAAUGGCGUUGACGUCACGAGUCUGACGGAGAAUAAUGGUGCUCCCGGCAGGGGCACUCAUCGCAACAUUGACAAGGUUGUCAACGGUGAGGGAGCAAGACACUAUCAGUUUGAUCGCGCACUACCUAUUCAGACAUACUUUAGCGUUCGAGUUGCGACAAGAUUUGAGGAUUGUACAGCAGAGCCAUUUAAUUCCAUGCAUCAACGGGAAACCAUGGAAAUUCCCUAUGAAGCAGUUUUACGAUCCUUGACAGGAGUCGCACAGGCUACCAAGGCUGCCUCUGAUAUAAUCGACACAAUCAAACAAUCAUUGACUUCAGGUUGCUUCGUCAGAGACAACGACAAAACCGAGAAUCAGCCCACCAGUCUAUCCUUUGAAGGCUGGCAAGACCUCCUCAAGCAACGCGUCCCUGGCAUGACCGAAGCCACCCUUCACAUCACAUUUGUUGCUGUAGCAGUCUCAUUCCUCCGCGAGACAGCCCGCCAAAAUCAAACAGCAAAGGCAGACGAAAUCAACCAUUGCUGGAACAUCUUCCGCGGCGCUCUGACGACACUGAGCUCUCCGCAGACGCAGUUCGCCGCGGCUCGCAGCGCCCAGGGCUUCCUGUCGGUGCCACUGUGCAGCUUGGUCAAAGACGGCAGCAUCGACGAGCUCUUCCGCCUGCACGUCUGGAUGCCGGACGGCAAGCGUGGGAACCCCGAUUUUCACCUGCACUCCCAUCAACCAUUCGCGCAGAGCUGGAUCUUGGCCGGGCAGGGCGUGGAUCACUCCUAUCAAGUCGAGCCUGUCGAGCAUCCCGCCGAAGCGACGCAUGCGGAAUAUGCUCUUGCGUGGAACGAUGGCAAGGGAGCCGGCACUGCGUACAAGACGCAUCAGACCUCCUCUGUGGUGCAAAACACAGGCAAGCUCUUCCGGGCUGUAAAGACGCAUUCAGAGAUGCACACCAGGGGAGCAACAUACUCGGUCCCGGCGGCAGAGUUUCACGUCUCAGAGGUUGCGCCAGACUCUUUGCAUGCAACUAUUUUCUUCUUUGACUCGGCCCGUGGCUUCGUAAAGGACGCUGGAGUUCUUGGGCCAAAAGACGGGGAGUCGUUUACACAGCUGCGAGAUCCGGCUGGGGUGACGCCAGCAGAGCUUGCGGAAGCGGUGAGCCAUGCUCGUUUACAAGAGGCACAAGAGUGA